AUGGCCUCUCCAGCCUCGCCCGUAGACCUCACGAUCAUUGGUGCCGGAGUCGCCGGCCUCACAAUCGCAUAUCUUCUGACGGACAAUACGAGCGACUUCAAUGUCACCAUCGUGGCCAGAGAUAUGCCGGAGGAUCAGACGAGCCAGGCUUUUGCGAGCCCUUGGGCGGGCGCGAACUGGUCUCCUAUGAACUACGAUGAGCGAUUGUACAGAUGGGAGAAGAUAGCUUUCGAGAAGUUUUGGAGCAUGAUCCCUACUGGAUUGGUCCUGAAAUCUCCGUCCAAGGUGUACUUCGAAGCGGAAACGGUCGACAGCAAUCCGUGGUGGAAAAACAUCGUGCGCGACUUUCAUGUGCUCUCAUCGGAGAGUCUGAAGGACUGUCCGCCGCAUGUCAAGAGCGGCUUGGGCUUUGACACCAUUUCCAUCAAUCCAGGUGUUUACCUUCCCUGGCUCAAGUCAGAACUCUUGAAGCGAGGUGUCCGGUUCGUCAAAGAGAGACUCGUCAGCCUUGAUCAGGCGGCCGCUAUGACCCCAACUGGCGGCAUCAUCGUAAAUGCCACAGGCCUAGGUGCUCGGUCACUGAUAGGCGUAGAAGACACGAAGGUGCACCCCAUACGAGGCCAGACAAUCAUUCUGCAUGCUCCGGGCGCGCAGGAAUUUGUUGCAUACGUCCCUCUUCAAUCCAAGAACGGUGAAUCGACUUACGUGAUUCCUCGGCCUUUCCCACCUGGCAUGGUGCUCGUUGGAGGAACCUUCCAACCCAACAAUUGGGAUACCUCUCUGGACAUUCCCACCGCCGAAGGUAUCUUUGCCCGUGCAAAGGCCCUGGUGCCUGCCUUAGCAGCUCCCGAGGCGAGGAUCCUCAGUCAUAACGUUGGCUUGCGGCCCGCCCGUGAAGGCGGUCCGCGAGUGGAAGCGCAGGUCGUGCAGUUUCCAACCACGGGAAUGUUGAGGCCAAAGCCGAAUGAGUCGGACGACGAACAGGAGAGGAAGCUGGUGGUCGUUCACGCCUACGGAUUUGGUGCUGCGGGUUACCAGCAGUCGUGGGGAGCUGCCGAAGAAGCUGUUCGUCUGGUACGAGAGCAUGUGGGCCAGAUUGUCUGA